UGUCACCAUUUCAUUUCCCAAAUAAACUAAUCCACCUAUACUUCCAUAUAUUGCUUCAAUAUCCCCCUUCAUCUAUACCUCUAGCACCCCUUUUUGAGGCCAAAAAAAAAAUCAUAUGUUCUUUCUUCCUUCUAUGAUACAUAAAUCCCGACCCAGCGAUCCCGGCCGGUUUUCGUUAAAAACAAACUACUCGAACCCAUGAUCCGCCGGUCAUAAAAAAGUAACACUACAAGGGGUUUUUUUUUUUUUUUUUUUUAAGCUUACUUUUGCCUAUAAAACAAAGUAGAGAGUGAGAAACUAGUUAGUUCUGCACAUUCUUUGUGCAGCUUUGCAGAAAAAAACUAAAGUCUGUACACUUGAUCAACAAGGAAAGCAUCUUCUGUUUUUUGCUUCUUCUGGUGGUUGUUUAACUGUUUUAUGUUUAUUUAAAUAAAAAAACAGAAGGUUUUUAAUAUUUUUUAGUGAAGAAAAGUAGAGUGGUGGUAGUGUAAAUGGCUGCUAAGGUUGUAUACACAGUUAGAGAUGACAAACAAGGGCUGCAAAAGCAGUUAGGAUGCAUGAAUGGGAUUUUUCAUCUCCUUGACCGCGGUUACCUUCUCGGUCUACACCGACAUUGGCGGAACCAGAACAGGCUAACUACAGGUCAAAGUGAAAAUGGUGAAAAGGAUAUGAAGAAAUCAUCAGAGAAAGCUAAGGAGAGAAACCAAAAGAAGAGGAUGAUAGAAAAGAGUCGAGCCUCGGUUGAUUCGUCACGAAACUCGUCGUCUUCUUCUGGCUCGUCUACCACUUUCUCAUAUUUUGAUUGUAGCAGACGGGUUCAAACCGAAUGUCAACUUCCCUCUGUACCCACAUCCCCAAACCUGCAUAAAAAACAGCGAGAGUGGUCUGCGCCGACACCCGAUAUCAGAGACGUGGUCAAGGACUCAAUGACUAGAGCGAGUCGCGUGACGAAAGCUGAACGAGUCGGCCCCUUCAUGAAGCAUGUUGAUUCUCCAAGGCCUUUUACGCACCAAAAUCCCAUUCAAUAUAAUAGAAAAGACCAAAACCUUGUAAAGAUUCAUAAGACUUCAUCAGAGGUAAAAAAAGUCAAGGAGAUAUCAAGAUUUUCUUGUGAUGAAAGGGAAUCAAAAUACUCAUUGAAGUCAACUUUCAAAGUCAAUGAGCUUCCAAGGCUAUCAUUAGAUAGUAAGCGAAACCCGAAAAAGAAUUACAUGAAUGAGCCAAGAAGCGAGCCGAGAAUAAGUAACAGAUCAUCAUCGGGUAUUGUGGCUCGGUUAAUGGGUCUGGAUGGUUUAACAGACUCCAUUUGUGAAGUUAAACCGGCUUAUGGUGACCAAUUGGGUUCACGUUCUCCAAAGAUGCAUUCGAAGAUUAAACCAACUUUGCAGCCGCAGGAAAGUUGUGACCGUGGUUCCAGAGAACCGUUUAAAACAUCAGGGGAGGAUCUCAGAGCAUUUAAGAAGAUAGUUGAAGCAAUGCAAAUGACAAAAACAGCGUUCGAGAAAAGUGACCAACCGGGUUCACCGACAGUCAAGGGUAGUAGCUCACCAAAGAAACAUGAACUCUUGAACCGGUCUGUGAAACCAGCUAAGCUGGCUACUGAACCCGUGAUGGUCACGGGCCUUCAUUACGUUAACCAUACGGCUAGAAAGUUGGUAAAAGAUCCGAAUCCAAGGAACAAUAAAGUAACCGGUACGACAUCAAGAUCACUAGAGGACCUGACUGGAGAGAGACCCGUCUCGAGCCCAAGACCGCAAAGGUCAAAGAAUGGUAUUGACAAGCAAUGUGUUAACGGGCCAUCAUCUGACUCGAGCAGAAUCAAAAGGCAAUCCCAUUUGAAGACAAGACACGCGAAAAUCAAACCCGUUAAUCCAAAGAAAAACAAUGAACAACCAUGUAUAUACAGUGAUGGACCUAGAAACUUAAGCCAAGAUGGCGAUGCAGUUAAUUCCCUAAAAUCAGAAAGUAAACAGGAAGUCACACCGAAUAACUUUGUUGAAAGAUUGAUAGAUAAGCCAAUGGUCGAACUUGCCAAACUUACCGUGGAUCAAGCAAGUCCCGUAUCAGUUCUUGAUGCCUUUUAUGCAGAGGAUACGCCAUCUCCAGUAAAGAAGAAACCGAAUGCUUUCAAUGAUUAUAGCAACUUCUGCAUUGAUGAAACGGAGUGGAAUCAAGUGGGGGUCUAUAACUUGGCGACCCGUACAGACUCAAGUGAUUUCCAUCAAACUGAAUUAUUGAACUCCACUGAUGGCGAGAGAGCAAAAUAUCCAUGCGAAAGCACAAAUGGGGACCAUAAAUACAUUAAAGAGAUACUAUCAGCAGCGGGUUUUCUAAAAGAUCCAGACUCCGCCAUCAGGAUAGCCCAGCUUCAUUCUACCGGCAGCAUGAUAAAGCCCGAGUUGUUCCAUAUUCUGGAGAAAACAAACAAAGAAUGCCACAAAAACAACCCGAGUUCUAACUCCAGGGAGAAAGUCAGAAGAAAAUUAAUCUUUGAUUCCGUGAAUGAUAUUCUUUUCCACAAGGUAGUCGUGUCGGGCUUUUCUGGAAAAAGAUGUGUGCGAAUUGUGGAUGGAGAAAAGCUACUGACCGAAGUGUGGUUGGAGAUAGAUGGUCUAGAAAGUAGUUCCGAGAGAUGCGUAUAUGAUGAAGAUGAUGGAAUAAAGAUCCUUGUAAGUGCAGAUUUGAAUAGAAGUUCACAGGAUUGGGACGAGUACUGUUAUGAGGUUCCUGGUCUUGUUCUAGACAUAGAGCGUCUUAUUUUCAAAGAUUUGAUUGAUGAGGUUGUGAAUGCUGAUGCAGCCGGUGUGCAACAUCGACAAGUGAGACACUGCCGGCGAUUGUUUUCCAUGUAAAAGUAGCAUCAAAUAGUGAAAGCGUGUACACUGCCAAAAAUCAUAGCUUUUGUUAGCUUAUGAACUAUAAUGUUAUUUUAUUACUUUUGUGUACA